AUGACUUCCAAAUCCAAAGGUAGUGUUCCAGGUGACAAGGCGUCCUCAUCUCUACUUCUGUCCUCUCCACCUUAUCAGCGCCUGAUCACCAAAGAGGGACGCUGUGCUUUUCGUGUCCCUCUGUCUUCUUCAGGCUCACGGAGAGAGUCUUUGCACAGAGCUUGGCUGCUGGCCCUGCAGGACCUGUGGGGACUGCUGGUAAAUCUUCGCUGGAGAUGGACUCUUCUGGCCUUCUGCAGCUCCUUCGUGGCUCACUGGUUGUUUUUUGCCUGUCUCUGGUAUUUGUUGGCUCAUCUGAAUGGAGACCUUGAUGUGCAAGAUCACGAUGCCCCACCACAGGGGCAUGUUGUCUGUGUAAAGUACAUUACAAGCUUCUCUGCUGCCUUUUCUUUCUCUUUGGAGACACAGCUAACCAUCGGUUAUGGCACCAUGUUCCCCAGUGGAGACUGUCCCAGUGCCAUAGCGUUGCUAGCUGUACAGAUGCUGCUGGGGCUCAUGCUGGAAGUAUUUAUCACAGGUGCAUUUGUAGCCAAGCUCUCCCGCCCCCAGAAACAAGCAGGAGCCAUCCAGUUCAGCCCCCAGGCAGUGGUAGGUCAACACCUGGGCCAGACGUGCCUCAUGGUCCGAGCCACCAAUCUGCUGAAGCGGCCUCUGGUCGAUGUAAAGUUGAGUGCUGUGCUUUACAAGUGUGAAGGUCAGGCUCUCCACCAGACCUCUCUGGACUUCUAUUUGGACCAUUUGGGCCAAAAGGCAUGUCCUUUGUUCAUAUUCCCACUCACCUUUUACCACCCCCUGGAGCCUCAGAGCCCGCUCUACCCUGCCCUGUGUGAGGGGUCCUCCACUAACUUUGAGUUGGUGGUUUUUCUGUCGGCCUUGCAGGAGGGAACUGGUGACUCAUGCCAGAAGAGGACCUCCUACCUUCGCCAAGAAAUCAAAUUAAACCACUGCUUUGCUCCUGCUUUCAGGAUAGACUCCCGCGGGAGGUACACAGUGAGCUCCCAGCACUUAAGCACAGCCCCUUCAAAUGAGCCUGUGAACAAAGACUCUGUAGUGCAGAUCAACAGUGAUGGGAUGGAGUAA